AUGGAGGUGCGCUUUGGACAGGUGCCGCUCACCGUUACGCACAGGCACGGCGGGGUGAACCAGCUCGGCGGCGUCUUCAUUAACGGCCGCCCGUUACCGCACUUGGUGAGGCAGCGCAUCGUGGAGCUCGCGCAACGGGGCGUGCGUCCCUGUGAGAUCUCCCGCCGCCUGCGCGUCAGUCACGGCUGUGUCAGCAAGAUACUGGCCAGGUAUAAUGAGACAGGAAGCAUCAGACCAGGAGUGAUCGGAGGCUCUAAGCCCAAAGUGGCCACUCCCAGAGUCGUGCAAACGAUCCUACAUCUGAAACACACCAACCCCACCAUGUUUGCCUGGGAGAUCCGAGACAGGCUGCUGCUGGAGCGAGUGUGCGAUCACAACAGUGUGCCCAGCAUCAGCUCCAUCAACAGGAUCAUCAGAAACAAAGUCCAAUCUGAGUCUUGUGAAGUCGUUUCAUCAGCAUCAUCUGUUACCAUGGGAACAGCCUACUCCUCUGAGUCCACCUAUUCCAUCAGUGGGAUUCUGGGAAUCAGGAAAUGCAGCCGCAAACAUAAGGAAGGAGGGGACGUCUCCUGCAGCAUCUACCCCGACCAGCCAUGCUCCUGUAAUGAUGCCUGGGGAUGGUCCGACCCCUGCCUGACCUCUAUCUCCAGCCUGACCUUCUACAGCGGCCUGCCAGCAAAUCAUAAUCCAGAGCUCUUAGGACCUCGGUGUCAUAACAGCUGAACAAGGCUGCAGAAAGACCUUUAAUGCCCAAAACUGGAAGCCUUCACAUCUGGAUUAACUGUAAUUAUUACAACACGAUAUGAACAUAAAUCACAAUUACAAAC